ACUGAGAAGUGAGGACUGGCGUCUGAGGCCAAGAGACGGCCCCGCUAAGCUGUCUCGAACGCCACCACCACGUGCUUCUUUCCACCGCACAGUCGCACACACUACAGGCACACACACUUCGCUACUAUUCCACUGUACUACUACUUGUUACGACAUUUGCUCCUUGCAUUUCUUCGUUAAACUACGGCUACAGCAAUUUGCCACUUUUUGCCACCUCCCAAAAAUCCCACCAAGAUUCUGUCUUGGGAUCGCUAAAACAAAAGCCAUUCUAAUUCGCCAAAGAAGUCUAAAGAACAGCUCUGCAAAAGUGUCUGCAGAGAAAGAAGAACAGAGGGAAAUUCUUAUAGUCUUUCUCUUGUUCUUUUGGACAACCAAUUCCCAUGUACAUUUCCUCCUCCUCCAGCUACUAUUGCUGUAUCUUUUGGUUUAAUUGGGUUCUCUGCUUGAUUAGCUUUAGCUCAGCAACAGAUCCUUAUGUCUUCUUUGAUUGGACUGUCUCUUAUGUCACUGCCUCACCUCUUGGAGUUAAACAACAGGUGAUUGGAGUCGAGGGACAGUUUCCUGGACCAAUUCUCAAUGUCACCACCAACUGGAAUGUUGUUGUCAAUGUCAAGAAUAAUCUUGACGAACCUUUGCUUCUCACAUGGAAUGGUAUUCAACAGCGGAAAAAUGCUUGGCAAGACGGAGUCUCUGGCACAAACUGUCCCAUUCCUGCUGGAUGGAAUUGGACUUAUCAGUUUCAGGUCAAAGAUCAGAUUGGCAGUUUCUUUUAUUUCCCUUCCCUAUACUUCCAGAGAGCUGCUGGUGGAUAUGGGGGAAUUGUUAUCAACAAUAGAGAUGUUAUUGCAGUCCCAUUUGAAACACCAGAUGGAGAUAUCACUCUGUUUAUUAGUGACUGGUAUAUAAAAAGCCACAAGGAACUCAGAGAGCAGGUUGAAAGUGGAGUUGGCCUUGGUGCACCUGACGGUAUCUUAAUUAAUGGAUUUGGUCCGUACCGCUAUGAUAGUGCAGUUGUCCCAGAUGGUAUUGCUUUCCAGACAAUUUAUGUGGAUCCAGGGAAAACAUACCGUAUACGUGUACACAAUAUUGGUAUAUCUACUAGCUUGAAUUUCAGAGUCCAGAACCACAACUUGCUUCUUGUAGAGACCGAAGGAUCAUACACAGUACAACAGAACUACACAAACAUGGAUAUCCAUGUUGGUCAGUCAUAUUCAUUCUUGGUCACGAUGGAUCAAAAUGCUAGCAGUGAUUACUACAUUGUUGCCAGCCCACGUUUUGUGAAUUCCUCUGCUUGGACUAAGGCUAUUGGGGUUGCUAUCUUGCACUACUCAAAUUCACUUGGACCUGCAUCAGGUCCUCUUCCAGACCCUCCUAAUGAAUAUGACACGUAUUUCUCAAUGAAUCAAGCAAGAUCCAUAAGAUGGAAUGUUUCUGCUGGCGCUGCUCGCCCAAACCCUCAAGGAUCUUUCAAAUAUGGCCAGAUCACCGUGACUGAUGUGUAUGUGAUCCUUAAUAGGCCUCCCGAGCUUAUAGAUGGAAAGUGGCGUACAACUCUUAAUGGUAUUUCUUACUUAGCACCUUCAACACCUCUCAAGCUUGCCCAGCAAUUUAACAUUCCAGGGGUGUUCAAGCUCGACUUCCCAAAUAGACUGAUGAACAGACCUGCAAAAGUUGACACAUCUGUAAUCAAUGGCACUUUCAAAGGGUUUAUGGAAAUAAUAUUCCAGAACAAUGACACAACUGUCCAGAGUUACCACUUGGAUGGAUAUGCUUUCUUUGUUGUAGGGAUGGAUAAUGGUGUGUGGACAGAGAACAGUAGAAGCACUUACAACAAGUGGGAUGGUGUAGCUCGCUGCACUACCCAGGUUUUUCCGGGAGCUUGGACAGCCAUAUUAGUUUCUUUGGACAAUGCUGGUAUUUGGAAUCUUCGUGCACAGAAUCUUGACUCGUGGCACCUAGGUCAGGAAGUUUAUCUUAGCGUGGUGAAUCCAGAUAUGGACAAGAACGAGCUUCCUUUGCCAGAUAAUACAAUAUAUUGUGGUGCACUCUCAUCUUUACAGAAAGACCAGGCCCAGAGAGUCAACUUCUCUCGUGCAUCUCGCUGUCCUGUGGCAAUGAAAACCAUUCUGGCUGCAGUUUUUUUGGCACUAUUCGGUACCUGCUUCACGUAGUAAGUUUGCAGCAAAGUAGAAGCAAGCAAAUCAAGCCCAAUAGCACAAUGGCUAGCACAGAUGCAUUCUGUAACUUAACUUUCAUGGGAAAAGAGGAGAAAUCACACGAGUAGUCGUGCUCUUAACAAUUUUUUCUUAAAGAGUUUCUUUUGACUUUAUGAUAUUUACAUUUUCAGUUUCUUGUAUAUCUUGUAUAAUCUAACCUACCUGUGAGCAUAAUGAGGGAUGAGUUUUGAGUGUCAUGGCACAGGUUGAUUUCUUUGAAAAGGCAAAUGAGAGCUGAUAAAUUGAUAAUUAAUCUUCAGGAACUCUGGAAGAAAUAUGAAGGUCUUGAUUACUGAUAGUACUGUUGAGUA